AUGGCUGUGUGUGCCAAGGCCUAUCAGACCGAGAUGGCGCUUGAGCUGCUGCUCCACUUGCGCCAGAGCCGGCUAAGGCAACAUCAGGUCACCUUCAACACGGCGAUAGGCGCAUGCGCAAAGGCGCAAGAGUGGCAACAGGCGCUGACCCUCCUUGGCGAGAUGCCGGACGCGGCUCUGCAGCCGGACGUGGUCUCCUUCAGCUCGGCGAUCGCGGUCCGCGGCUGUGGCGUUCAGGCUCUUUCUCGACACUCCCUGCACACGCAGACGUGGCGCUUGUUGGAGGACCUUGGCCGACGAUCCUUGCGACCGAAUUUGGUGGUCUUCAACACGGUCAUGGACUCCUGCCACCGCAGCACUUCUUGGCAGGAUGCCUUGCUGCUCCUUGGCCGGGCUGCUUCGGAGUCUCUGCAGUUAGAUGUGGUGUCUUAUAGCUUGGCGGUCAGCACUUGCGUGUCUUCGUCGCAGCAAGGCCCUGCUUCCGCAGUGCUGCGGGAGAUGCGACGGCUCGCUGUUCAGCCUGACGAAGCAGCCUACGUGGGCAUGCUGGGAGCUUGCAAGGAGACAGGUAGCUGGGCCUUUGCCUUGAACCUCUUGGAGGAGUUUCGACGAGAUGGUGGGCCGGCGAUGUCAGAUCAGACUCCCUUUGCUUUAGCCCUUGGCUCCUGCGAAGCUGCGUUGCAGUGGGAGCUAGCGCUGGCGAUGCUGGCCUCGAUGCAGCAGGAAGGACCCUUGCCAAAUCUGGUGACGCUGAAUGCGGCAGUUCUGGCGCUCGCGGCCGCGGGGCGAAUCGCGGAGGCGCUCUCCGUCGUCCGCCACGCCGAGGAUCUCGGCCUCGCCUCCGCCGCCUGGGAUGCGGAGGCCAACCCAUCGCUCCCCAGAGCGGAUGUUGAUCUACACCGCUUUCCGGCAGAGCUCGCAAGAUUCGCGGUCCUGGCAGCUGUGAUUGAUGCCACCAUUCACCCAUCGAGGCAACACGGUCUUGUCUUCGUGACCGGCCGUGGCACCCACGGUGGCGCUGCAGUCCUGACCACAGCAAUACGGGCGUGGCUCAGAGAGGAGUUCGACCUGGCUGUGGAGGAGGAGUUCUCCUGCUCCCUCUUCCCUGCCUUUCCCGUGUCUGGGUUCUUCCUCCUUGCUUUCUCUUCGGAAGUCUUGGUUUUAAGGAGGGCGAUGCGGAGGGGACUGACGGACGUCUCUGGCUACCGCCGGGCGUCUUGCAAUGCCUCGCGGUCGGCGGACAAAAACGAAAGUUUUGCAGCUGUCGGUGGCAUGCGACAGGUGACGGAGCACAAGGUGCUGGAUUCGCACUUCAACAUCAAGGUCUGUGACUUUGGCAAGACGCAGGAGCUCCGCGGCAAUGCCAUUAUCACUGGCCAGGACACCGGAGGAUCGCCGCGAUACAUGGCGCCCGAGUGCUUCAUUCUCGGUGCGCACAUCACGGAGAAGGUGGACAUCUGGAGCCUUGGUUGCUGCCUCGUGGAGGUGCUCGGUGGGCCGCUGCCCUAUGAGGAUGUGCCUGCCAUGUCCGAGGUGCAGGGCCUGCUGCAGCAGGGCAUUCCGCCCUUGGUGCUGAUUGGAAUUUCACUGGUCCUCGUGCAUGCUACCUUGUACCACGCAGGAUUUGUGUCGGUGGUCGCAAGGAACCUCCAGCGCCUGGCACAGCGGCCUGAGCGGCAGAACCGCCCACUCAACAUCCUGGGCGUAUCACUGGGAGUACUCAGCGCGCCCCUGGAUGCUGUGGCGUAUAGUGUGGCUCCACAGUCCGUCCUUGCGCCAGUGGGCAUGGUCGGAAUGCUGUUCAGCCUCCUAGCGGCCAACCGGGUCCAUGGCGAUGACUUGACUCCAAAGGAUGUCUUGUCAGCUCUGGCCGUGGUCCUGGGCGCGGCUUUGUGCCUGGACGGGGGUGCCGAUAGCGGCUCUGCCAGAACCGCACCAUCCUGGGAAAUGUAUGCUGCAUACAUUGGCACCGCUGUGGCCAUGUGCAGCCUGCUCGCCGGCGCCCUUUUCGCCUGCCGGGAGACGGCGGGCCGCCUGGACGCCCUCUGCAGCGCCAUGCUAGGUGGGAGUCUUGGAUCUGCAAGCGUCGUGGCCAGCAAGACCCUCACCGCCGCACUAGAGGUUCCGCCGAAGAAGCGCUUGGAAGUGCUCCUUACGGCAGAUAUUCUCGACGUCGGGAUUUCCGUUCAUUUUGUGGAGCCCUUGACUCUUGUAGCGGUGCCGUCUUGGAUCUUCAAAGAUGAGAAGAGCAGGCAAGCGGGCCUUUUGACAAGGACAGUUGGUUUGUUCUCGUUCGGCAGCUUUUCAGCUGGUUUGUCAAAGUGCGCUGCCUCAGAAGUCGACGCGAAAAGACGUGGAAUGACGUGGGGCCCUUAG